GCGCAUUUGAGACGUUCCUAGCUUGUGCAUUUUUAAGUUUCAGUUUUAAUCCCAGUUUGAGUUGUUUUAAUUCAAUUUAAUUUGAAUAUAAUAGAUAUAAGUACGUGGAGGGAGGAUAACAUUAGAUAACUGGUGCAAGUUCUGAGCUGAGUGUAGCAGCGAAGUCUGCUCUGGGCGAUGUCUGAGCCCAGCCCGGCCAUCGGCCCCGCCCCCGCCCCCGCCCCGGCUGACGGGGCUCCGGCGGGGUCGGGGGCGGCGGCCAGCCUGCCAACGGUGCUGCGGCGGCAGCACGACUGCCAGCAGGGGGCGGUGCGGGCGGCGCGGCUCAGCGCAGACGGCGCCUUCUGUCUAACCGCCGGCUCCGACAAGACGCUCAAACUGUGGAACCCCUACCGCGGCACCCACCUGAAAACCUACCUGGGCCACGGCCAUGAGGUGCUGGACGCGGCCGGCGCGUGCGACAACUCGCGGCUACUGUCGUGCGGCGCCGACAAGGCUGUCAUCGUGUGGGAGGUGAGCUCGGGCCGCGUGCUCAACAAGUGGCGCUCGCACGCCGCCGCCGUGACGUGCUGCCGGUUCAGCGAGGACGCCUCGCUGGCGCUCUCCGGCUCAGUGGACGGCUCGGUGCGCGCGUUCGACUGCCGCAGCCGGCGGACGGAGCCGGUACAGACACUGGACGAGGCCACUGACAGCGUCACCGCGCUGCAGAUCACCGACCACGAGAUCGUCAGCGGCUCGGCCGACGGCCGGGUGCGCCGUUACGACCUGCGUAACGGCCGUCUGACCACGGACACGGUGGGUGACUCGGUGACCUGCGUGACGCUCAGCCGCGACGGCCAGUGUCUGCUGGUCGGCUGUAUGGACGCCACCGUCAAACUGCUCGACCGAGAGACGGGCGAACUGCUCAACGAGUUCAGCGGCCACGCGAACCGGCAGUACCCGCUGGGCAGCUGUCUGGACGCGGCCGACGCGCACGUGCUCUCCGGCUCCGAGGAGGGCGCCGUCUACUGCUGGGAGCUCGUCUCCGGCAAGCUGGCGGCCAAACUGACGCACCCGCGCGCCGCGGUCGUCCACUCGCUGGCGUUCCACCCGAGCCGCGCGGCACUGGUGACGGCCGCUGGUGGAGCGUUCUUUCUCUGGGACACAGGAGAGGAGGCGGAGGGCGAGGAGCAGUGAGGAGGACAGACCGUCAGAAGGACGGACCGUAUCCCAGCCGGAGACGGACGGACCGUCAGACGGACGGACCGUGCCCCCCGCCGGCGGCGGGCGGACCGGACUCCCAGCCGGCGGCGGGCGGACCGUGCCGACGGGGCCCGGAAGGAGGACUCCCGGCCACUAGGGUGAGUCUUGUGAUACCGCUGGUGGAUUGCCGAGGGUGACCGGAAGCCAUCCGAUCGUCAGUGUUCAUCUUUCAUACCCAGCCGCUUGUAUAGAUCAUGUGUGAUGACUCAUGACAUUGUAUUCGUUUUCAAAGACACUAACAUUUACGCUGACAAAGUGCAAGUCAUCAUCAAUACAUCAAAUGAAACUUU